AUGAAUCAACAAUUAUUUCGACAAGAAAAGGUUCCAUCUAUCAAUGUUCACAUUUCGGAAGAUUUAAGAGAAUCAAAUAAAAUAUUUGUUGGCGACCAAGAAAAAAUCAUUGAUCUUAGUUGUGAGGCCGAUGAAAUUCGAACAAUGAUCGGAUAUAUUAUUAACAAACACCCUAAUAUUAAAACCACUUUGAACCUUUGCGAAUUGUGGACACCAUCCAAAAUGAAUAGAACUAAAAGCAUUCCACGUCCACAAAAUGCUUUCAUGCUUUUUCGAAAGGACGUGUCAAAAGAGUUUUACAAAGCCAAUCAGUCUUUAUCAGUCGGAGAUUCUUCCAUUAUUGCGUCGAAUAGAUGGAAUGAAAUUUCUGGUAAUGAAAAAAAAUUUUGGAUGGAUUUAGCGGGAGUCUGCAAGAAAUUAGAGAAGACUGCUCCUUACGUCUUUAAAAAUUCAAAAUUUGCAAAUAUUACGAAGCAGACUUUCGUCGAUCCUCCCAUCAUUCCAAGUCAGCAUUUGAACACCUCAUCUGAACCAGUUAUUCCUUCAUCUUCAAUUACCAAGUCUACACAUAGACCUACUGCUCGAUCAUCAGCACUGAUAAGCAAUAUAACUCUGGAUGCUUUUUUGAGACAAUUUCUUCAACAAUCAAUAGCAGCUCUCGCAAAAAUUCUGUAUCCACUUCAGAGAGCAAAUACUGUACUGUAUUGGGAUCAACAGUUCACGGGACUUAAUGCACAUCCCGAGCCCGUAGAGCAGUCGUUUACGUUUGAGACCGAUUUUAAUCCAAAUCUCUCAGGGCUUAAUUAUGACAUAAUUGACCCAAGCUUGCUUUCUUCGGAUCCAUCAGGAGCAAAUAUUUCAUCCCUUUUAGGCUUUGAACCAUUAUAUUAUUCCAAUUCUUUAGAAUUCGGUGUCAUUGACCCUGCAUUACUUUAUCUGGAUCCACCUUCAUUUACACCUUUUUCCUAA